CCCGCCUCGGGCAGCGCCCCGCACCGCCGGCACGUCAGACGCCCUCUUUUUCCCUGAAAACUUUCUAGACGGCCAUGCAAUCUAUGGUUCCCGAGACUGGGGAACCUCUGUCGAGCCUGCUCAAAAUGAUUUCGAAGCAGUUCCCACCGGAAGAAUAGCCAUGAUAAUCAAUCCCAAGGUUUUCUCUCCAAAAUCCAGAAAAGCUUGACGGCCAGAAGAGGGCACCAGAUCUCAUUACAGAUGGUUGUGAGCCACCAUGUGGUUGCUGGGAAUUGAACUCAGGACUUCUGGAAAAGCAGCCAGUGCUCUUAACCUCUGAGCCAUCUCUUCAGCCCUGGACCAGACAAACUUGACUAGAAAAGAAGCCCGGACCGGGGUUAGGAUGAGCGAUGACGUAGCACACUCUCCAGCCAAUUGAAAGAGCACGAGAAGCGGAGGGCGGAAGUGACGAGAGAUAUCCCUCCGCAGGGCGAGAGGGUCGGUGGGGGGAGUCGGCGUCUCUCUCCCCCGCGCCAGCUCCCGUACACGGAGCCGCAUUCCUUGGCCCCCCCCACCCCCUCCCUCGGGGCCCCCCGCCCCCCUCGGGAAAAAAAUCCACCCCAAUCACUCGAACCCGAGGGAGGCUUCCUUUCACCCUCGGGGAGAGGAGCUUUCAACGGUUCCCUCUUCAGCGUCUCCCCCCCGAGCCCCCGUCCCCUCCCCUGCUCCCACCCCCCUACUCCCGGCGCCGGGUGCAAGGUCCCUUUAAGGCGACGGCGCCUUCCUCGGGUCAGACUACCGGCGGCGACGACCACGGGAGCAUGGCGGACACCGACCUGUUUAUGGAAUGUGAGGAGGAGGAACUGGAGCCAUGGCAGAAAAUCAGCGAUGUCAUUGAGGACUCUGUAGUAGAAGACUACAAUUCAGUGGAUAAAACUACUCCAGUUUCUGUGAGCCAGCAGCCAAUCUCAGCUCCAGUGCCCAUUGCUGCCCAUGCUUCUGUUGCUGGGCACCUCUCUACAUCCACUACUGUUAGUAGCAGUGGGGUGCAGAACAGCGACAGUGCAAAGAAGACUCUUGUCACACUAAUUGCCAACAACAAUGCUGGUAAUACUUUGGUUCAACAAGGUGGUCAGCCACUCAUUCUGACCCAGAAUCCAGCACCAGGACUGGGAACAAUGGUUACUCAACCAGUAUUGAGACCUGUCCAGGUCAUGCAGAAUGCCAAUCAUGUGACUAACUCCUCUGUGGCCUCACAGCCUAUAUUCAUCACUACCCAGGGAUUUCCUGUAAGGAAUGUUCGACCCGUACAAAAUGCAAUGAAUCAGGUUGGGAUUGUACUGAAUGUACAGCAAGGACAAACAGUCAGACCAAUUACACUGGUCCCAGCCCCAGGUACACAGUUUGUUAAGCCGACAGUUGGCGUCCCACAGGUGUUCUCUCAGAUGACCCCCGUGAGGCCAGGCUCCACAGUGCCUGUGAGGCCCACCACCAACACCUUCACCACCGUCAUCCCAGCUACUCUCACCAUCCGAAGCACUGUCCCACAGUCCCAGUCCCAGCAGACCAAGUCCACUCCCAGCACGUCCACUACGCCCACUGCCACACAGCCGACCUCCCUGGGGCAGCUAGCUGUGCAGCCUCUGGGCCAGUCCAACCAGACCUCGAAUCCCAAACUAGCUCCCUCCUUCCCCUCUCCACCUGCAGUGAGCAUUGCCAGCUUUGUCACUGUGAAACGACCUGGGGUUACAGGUGAAAAUAGCAACGAAGUGGCCAAAUUGGUGAAUACUCUAAACACUGUCCCUUCCCUGGGCCAGAGUCCUGGGCCAGUGCUGGUGUCCAACAACAGUUCUGCUCAAAGAACCAGUGGACCCGAAUCUUCAGUGAAAGUGACCUCUUCCAUCCCAGUGUUUGACCUCCAGGACGGUGGACGGAAAAUAUGUCCACGAUGCAAUGCUCAGUUCCGUGUCACUGAAGCUUUGAGAGGUCACAUGUGUUACUGCUGCCCUGAAAUGGUUGAGUACCAGAAGAAAGGCAAGUCCCUCGAUGCAGAGCCCAAUGUUCCAUUGGCAGCAAAGUCCUCAUCCCCUGAGAAGACAGCACCUGUUACUUCCACACCCUCCUCUACACCUAUUCCUGCUCUCUCACCAUCCACCAAAGUACCAGAGCCAAAUGAGAAUGCUGGAGAUGGCGUCCAGACCAAGCUUAUUAUGCUGGUGGAUGACUUUUAUUAUGGACGGGAUGGGGGCAAGGUAGCCCAGCUAACAAACUUUCCUAAGGUUGCUACGUCUUUCCGAUGCCCUCAUUGUACUAAAAGGCUAAAAAACAACAUUCGAUUCAUGAACCAUAUGAAGCACCACGUGGAACUCGACCAGCAGAACGGCGAGGUGGAUGGUCACACUAUCUGCCAACACUGUUACCGCCAGUUCUCCACCCCCUUCCAGCUCCAGUGCCACUUGGAAAAUGUCCAUAGCCCCUACGAGUCUACUACCAAGUGCAAGAUCUGUGAGUGGGCAUUUGAGAGCGAGCCACUGUUUCUCCAGCAUAUGAAGGACACUCAUAAGCCUGGAGAGAUGCCUUAUGUUUGUCAGGUGUGUCAGUAUCGCUCCUCCCUCUACUCUGAGGUAGAUGGCCAUUUUCGGAUGAUUCAUGAAGAUACUCGGCAUUUGCUCUGCCCGUAUUGCCUGAAAGUCUUCAAAAAUGGCAAUGCGUUCCAGCAGCACUACAUGAGGCACCAGAAGAGAAAUGUUUAUCACUGCAACAAAUGCCGGCUACAGUUUCUCUUUGCCAAGGACAAAAUUGAACACAAGCUUCAGCACCAUAAAACCUUCCGUAAACCUAAGCAACUGGAAGGCUUGAAACCAGGCACCAAGGUAACAAUCCGGGCUUCUCGGGGGCAGCCACGAACUGUUCCUGUGUCAAAUGAUACGUCUUCUAGCACCUUACAGGAGGCCGCACCACUGACCUCCUCCACUGACCCCUUGCCAGUCUUCCUUUAUCCCCCUGUCCAGCGCAACAUCCAGAAGAGAGCUGUGAGGAAAAUGAGCGUCAUGGGCCGGCAGACAUGUCUGGAGUGCAGCUUUGAGAUCCCGGAUUUCCCUAAUCAUUUCCCAACCUACGUGCACUGCUCUCUCUGCCGCUACAGCACCUGCUGCUCUCGAGCUUAUGCCAACCACAUGAUCAACAAUCAUGUUCCACGGAAGAGCCCCAAGUAUUUGGCUUUGUUUAAAAAUUCUGUAAGUGGAAUCAAGCUGGCUUGCACUUCGUGCACCUUUGCUACCUCUGUGGGAGAUGCCAUGGCCAAGCAUUUAGUGUUCAAUCCCUCUCACAGAUCCAGCAGCAUCUUACCACGGGGGCUCACUUGGAUGCCUCACUCAAGGCCUGGCCAGACUCCUGAACGAGCGUAUGAUCGGAAUCUGAAGAACAUGUAUCUUCCACCUCCCUUCCCCCCUAACAAAGCAGCCACUGUGAAACCUGUAGGGGCCACCCCAGCAGAACCGCAAGAGCUCACAGCUCCUCUGGCCCAGGCACUUCCAUCACCAGCCUCAACUGCAACCCCACCAGCAACCCCUACUCACCCACAGCCCUUGUCCCUACCGCCCUUGGCCACAGAGGGAGCUGAAUGUCUGAAUGUCGAGGAGCAGGAUGAAGGAAACCCCGUAACCCAGGAACCUGAACUGGCAUCUGGUGGUGGAGGCGGCAGUGGGGUUAGCAAGAAAGAGCAGCUGUCUGUGAAGAAGCUGCGGGUGGUGCUGUUCGCCCUGUGCUGCAACACAGAACUGGCAGCUGAGCACUUCCGAAACCCCCAGCGUCGGAUCCGUCGUUGGCUUCGACGCUUCCAGGCCUCUCAGGGAGAGAAUUUAGAGGGCAAAUAUCUCAGCUUUGAGGCAGAAGAGAAACUGGCCGAGUGGGUGCUGAUCCAGAGAGAGCAACAGCUGCCUGUAAAUGAGGAAACCUUGUUUCAGAAGGCCACCAAAAUAGGACGCUCUUUGGAGGGGGGGUUUAAGAUAUCCUACGAGUGGGCUGUGCGUUUCAUGCUACGGCACCACCUCACCCCCCACGCCCGGCGAGCUGUAGCCCACACAUUACCGAAGGAUGUAGCAGAAAAUGCAGAACUCUUUAUUGAGUUUGUACAGCGGCAGAUUCACAAUCAGGACCUACCUUUGUCUAUGAUUGUGGCUAUUGAUGAGGUCUCCUUGUUUCUGGACACAGAAGUACUGAACAGUGAUGACCGAAAGGAGAAUGCUCUGCAGACAGUGGGCACAGGGGAGCCUUGGUGUGAUGUAGUGCUGGCUAUCCUGGCAGAUGGCACUGUCCUCCCCACCCUGGUUUUCUUCCGAGGACAAGUGAAUCGGCCUGCUAAUGUGCCAGACUCUAUAUUGCUAGAGGCCAAAGAGAGCGGCUACAGUGAUGAUGAGAUCAUGGAGCUUUGGUCAUCCCGUGUGUGGAAGAAGCACACAGCUUGUCAGCACGGCAAAGGCAUGCUGGUGAUGGACUGUCACCGCACUCACUUGUCAGAAGAGGUACUGGCCCUGCUCAGUGCCUCUAACACGCUGCCUGCUGUGGUUCCUGCAGGCUGUAGCUCUAAGAUCCAGCCAUUGGACGUAUGCAUCAAACGAACUGUUAAGAACUUCCUGCACAAAAAGUGGAAGGAGCAGGCUCGGGAAAUGGCAGAUACUGCCUGUGAUUCUGAUGUCCUGCUUCAGCUGGUGCUGAACUGGCUGAGUGAGGUGCUGGGUGUCAUUGGGGACUCCCCAGAGCUAGUCCAGCGGUCCUUCCUUGUGGCUAGUGUUGUGCCAGGUCCUGAUGGCAAUGUUAACUCACCUACACGCAACGCUGACAUGCAGGAGGAGCUCAUUGUCUCCCUAGAGGAGCAGCUGAAGCUGAGUGGAGAACGGUCUGAGGAGCCGUCGGCUUCCACCCCCCGACCCAGAUCGUCUCCUGAAGAGACAGUUGAUCCUGAAAGCCUUCACCAGCUCUUUGAGGGGGAAAGUGAGACGGAGUCCUUCUAUGGCUUUGAGGAAGCUGACCUAGAUCUGAUGGAGAUUUAGGAGCAUAUGGAGUUGGGUAGGAAGGCUGAGGGAGGGUAGAGGGACUUAGAGAAAGGGGGGUACCAGUGGAGUACUUGGUUUAUAUUUCUAAUUUUAUGCCACCACUCCCCUGACAUUGAUACUUCCUGUGAAUUUGUGGGUUAUUAGAAAGCCAGUAGUGAUCACUUCUGAGCCGAGGAGCUGGCCCAUUGGUUACUUCUAAAAACAGGUUUUUGUGACUUUUUUUUUCCUUCCUCUUCUUUAAUUUAAAUCACUGUGUUUGCUAUUUUUCUGACAAAAAUCUAGGAAAACAAUCCUUUGUGGACAGAUAUUAAAUUGUUUUGUUUCCCCUUUUACCUCAAUUGUAUCAUAGUAUUUCUGGGUUUUGUUUGUUUUACUGUGUGGCCAAUGUCUUUGGGCAUGAUACUUAUCUAAUCAUUGUUAAUGUGAGAACUUUUCUGCAAAUGGGAAAGAAAAAAUAUGUAGCUCACAAACUGGUUUAUUACAUAUGUGGAUAAACUUUUUUCAUUGUGGUCUUUAACACUUUUAUAUAAAAAUGAAAAUGAAAAAAGAAUCCCAUUGACCUCUUUCCUUCUCGCUUCCCCUCCUCUGCAGAGCUGUUGGUUCCUACAGCAACUCUGGGUAUAAGAUUGUGGCUUUGCAGUGCGUGAGGCCACCUUGACUCCUCCACCAAAACACAACAGAAACAAUAUUUUUUGCAUUUGUGACCUUUGACCCCUUUCCUGAUUUUCACGCUGUCCUUUACUCUGGGCAAAGGAGAACAUUUGUGUCCCUAGCAAGCAAGAGGUACUGGGUGAGGUGACCAAACAGUAUUGAGGUGGAAGCCAUCCCUAGUCUGUCUUCCAUCAACAAGCCCCUGCUGCUUUACCUUUGUCCUGACUGCACACCUGCCGAAGACAUCACCGGUACCGACUGGCAUGUGUUAAGUGUUGAAAAGGACAGACUGCGUGAACUCCUGCUGACCCCUGGCUUUCCCGUUUCUCUCAGUGCUUAGAGAAGAAACUGGUGUGAGAAAAAAGCAUAGAGGUGUGCACAGAGAAAGACACGAAUCUUUAUUUUUCACUGCCAACUUCAAGAAAAAUUUUUCUACAGUUUGCAUGAUGGAUUUUUUUUUUUUAAAAGAGAUGUACUUAUGGUGAUAAACCAAAAUGUACUGUACCAUAGAGGAAAAAAAAAGAACAAAAACCAAGUCUACCUUUCCCACAGCCACACCAUUCUUGUCCACCCUGAGGCUUCCGGCAAUGUUUCCUCCUGUGAGCCAACCUCCUGUGAGCCAAGGAGGCAACCUGCACAAGCUUGUAAGUGGUUCACCUUUACAGUGUACAUAAGUGGAGCAUUUAAUAAAAUGAGAGGAAAUGGAUUUAUAAACUUUUUUUUAUGUGCCCCUGUUUAAUAGAAUUUCAUAGACUGGGAGAUAGUCAGGAUGUGGCGCCUGGUGGUACAAGUGUGGUAUUCCUUACCACCUUCUCCCCGCAGUUUUUAUAACAUAGUGAACAGGACUGAUCCCAGAAGUUUGGCCAGCUCUGAACCCUUGGCGUUGGAGAUCUGAACGGAGGAUUCACCUUUGCUUCUCUUCCCCAGCUUUUUGCUCAAUGCCAUUUUAUUGAUGGACUGUACUACAACGCCAGCUGCCUUUGAGAGAGCUGAACUGUAAGUGGUCAUUCAGCCCACACCCUAGUCCUCUUCUGUUGUCUGCAGCAGCCACAGCCUUAGUGGAGCUGGGUUCCUGGCCUUCUGCACAUUGACUUUGGAUGGGUAGUUUUUUUUUUUUUAAGGUCAUGGUAACAGUGGAUCUGCUGGGUUUUGGCAAGCAAGUUGUCUUUGUGGACUCUGCCUGCAUGGCUUAGUAGUAGGAG